AUGAGUGGUGCGAAGACGAAGCCACCGCGUCGUGAGCCGUACAGGCCGACGUCGAGCUUCACCCCGUCAGCGGCCUCUCAGGCGGCGCCGGUUGAAAGCGAUGGAAUUGACUCGUCGGGUAGCCCUGCGCUGCCGCCGCUACCGCUCGACCCGCAGCACCGCGACUUGACGGGAGGGAACUCGCUGAGUCACACGACAGCCGCCGCCUCGCACGCACCCGGCAGUGCCGUCGGCCGGCCAUCGUCCGAGCUACUACAGAACUCGACGAACAUCGUUGGUAAGCAGAGCCGGUCGAGCUCACCCGACCUUGGCGGACCAUCGCAGUACGCGAUACCGCAGCAGCAGGCAGGAGCCGCGGCAAUCUCAGCGUUCGCGACCGUGUCGGCGCCUCUCCCUUCCAGUGUCAGCGACGGCAGUGUCUCUGAUACAAGCCAGGCGCGCCCCACCCCGACGGGGCCCGAGAGUCGGACCACAACAACCCUUUUCCCUCCUCCCACCAUCCUCGACAUCACCGAAAAAGGCUCACGCAGCGGUCAGGGCCCAGUGACGACAGCUACUGAAGCUCCAACAGUCCCCACAGUGGCGGGGGUGGAGCCCGGUCGCCCGUACGUGUACGACCUCAGCAUCAACUCCACCGAAGCCCUUCAAGCUGCCGCCGUCCUCCCGUACUGGACCUCGAGCCUUCACAACAUGCUUGCAUCCUCGCUGCCCACCGCGGCGUCAGCAGCGGUGACGCACGUCGCUACCCACAGCAACAGCGUCAGCACAAGCGCUGGCAGCGGCGUGUGUGAGCCAUAUUUUGCAUCGCGCGCCUCUACUACGCAACGGACAAUACAACACGCCCUCGUGCAUGUCCUGCAGCGAGAGCGAGUGCGAUCGUUCAUCACCCGCGCCUUGCAUCGGUGGCUCCUACACUGCAUACUCCGGCUGCGCGAACGCCAAUACGAUGGUAGAGAAGCCGCGGCUGGAAUGGCGGAGCGAGAAGUGCUCUCACGGACGUCUAGCGCCGACCAACGACGUCAAGAAGAGCAGCCAACUCCGGUGGCAGCGACGAGGUGUGCUCUCUACAGGUGCCAUCACCCCCUCACCGCCGACACAUCCCGCUUCUCCUCCGCUCAGACAUGGGAGUCACCGGCAGCCCUAGCAGGAGUGCUGGACGCCACUGCUAAGCCAACAGGGAGAACCACCGCGCCGACCCCUCUGCCGGCGUGGAUUCCGGUCGGUGGCGUCAGCCGAGCGGCACGCUGCCGCGUCACCCCCAUUGACGAGGGCGAUGUCGACGACGAGGAUGGACUGCACAACGUGGACGACGACGCAGAGGUGCCACAACACACGGAGCUGCUGCAGCGUCAAGAGCAACAGCAUCGCCGCGGCCACCAUUGCUCUGGCGAUAGCUCAAGUUUGUCGGACGCGGCCGCCUACGUGGACAGCACUUACGCCCGUACCGGCCGCGUCGCGGUGCAGGGGCGGCGGCUGUCGCCACACCCGGCGAACCCACAGCACCGCAACCGCGUUGCCCCCCUCAUUGGGGCCCCAUCCAGGGCCACCAGCAUUGCCCGCUCGCUCUCAGGCGCGAGCAAUACGUCGCUCAGUUGGUCAUUCCAGGCACUGUUGCAGCCGCAGCGCCAUGACGAGCUGCUCGGCACCUCCCUUCCCACAACGCCAACGACGGUGUCCGUGCCAGAGGUCAGCACCUUGGACGCCGCCGGGGCCGCGGCAGGCAGCGCGGGCGUCAUGAGACCCACCGCGACUGUAGCAGGAGGAGCGCCGGCAGCCGGCGCUCCUCCUGCAACAGUACGACGGAAAAGCGUCGUGCGGCAUCUUCUUUCCACCAAGUCGCCACUGAAUAGGUCGCCACACCAGAGCUCCCUCAACAUUCUUUCCAGUGGUGGGGGUAGUGCAACGCCGAGCUUCGAUUGGCCGCACUCACACUCGCCGUCGGACAUGGAAACGACCAUCACGCGAGAGGGCCACCCUUUGCGCUUACACCGCACACGCAACAGCAUGGGUGGCGGAGCAGGGCUCAUCGCGAGUGACUCGGAGGAGCGUAGCCGCUCCUUACCCAUCUACACGCUACAGGGACGUCAGAGUAGAGGAUCCAGGGGCCCCAGCAGUGCUUGGGGGAUACUGAGAGACUGCGACUCGACGCUCAGUGAUAGCACGACGCCGAUGCUGGCGACCACACUUACGACAGUGCCGCAGUUGCUGGCGAACGAAACGGAGGAACGGCUGGCAAUGCAGGCACGUGAGGAGCAACGGCGCCUCCGCCUCCAGCGCGCCAUGUCUGCAGUCACGGAUCACCUCAUGAUGGCAGCACUGAACCAUCGAUCGAGUGAGCGUGGCUUGCAUCCCUCGCUGCGUACCUCGGCGGCAGCAUCGCCGCUGCCUGAAGAUAGCGACGACAGCAGUGGUGGCAGCUGCGCCCGCCGUUUGCAUCAUCGCAAUGACGACACUCGUGAGGUGAACCUCCUGCAUACCUACGCUGUGAAGGCGCACUACGGAGGCGCUGCGUGGGAUCGAGAGGCGGUCAUCGGAUCAUCAACAUCAACGCGGCUGCGACUGGAUUACGACAGUGAUAGGGUGGAUACGCCGCGGCAUCUGCAGCGAAGUGGGUGCGCAGAGGAAGACGGCCAUCUGAGCGACGUGACCGACGAGCAUGUCAAGCAGAGCUUGAGCUGCGACGAUGAGGCUAUUGACAUGGCGACUGCUCUUAGCGAGCGCUCGAUGCAAGCCUUGGCGUCCACAAGCCAGUGGGGCGCCCACGUGCUUGGCCCAGUGACGAUCAUGACAAGCGCUCAAGAGAACGUGGACCAAGUGACGAACAUCACGGCGGCGCCGCGAGUGCCGUCACCCGCGCUGCAGCGCGGAGCUUAUCAUCACAGCGGGGGAUGGUAA